AUAAGACGUACGUACACAUAUAAAAGUUAUGCGAUUAUUGUACGUAUAUAAAGUCGUAAUACGUGUAGUGCAUCAUCUGUGCGUGGAUUGUCAUCGUCGGUGACGGGAGAGAAAGGUGACGAUGGUGGUCGAAUUUCAAAGAUACGAGACAUAUGAAACCUUCGAAAUACAGAUUUCGCUGGAGAUUUCAUCUUUAAUGGUCGUGUGACGUUGAUGACGUUGAUCGUAACCGGUGACGUUACGUAGCGGACGUGUAUUUAACGGUUGCUCAUUCUUGACUCGAGUGUGUCGAGUCUUGACUCGCGUCUCGAGUGGUAAAAGCUCUGAAGACGGAACAUAAAUCGGGUGACGAACGUCGUCGUCUUUGUGUUAAACCAACAAUUCAGUAACCCGUGGGGAAGAAUGAACGUAAACAAGGAUCUGCAGUACGAGCGGAACAGGUGCACGUUCCGAACUAUAGAAUUGACAAAUCUCUUGGACGGCGGUGCGGAUCGAACGCUGGAGCGUCGUGAACUAGAAGAGUAUUUCUUGUCCGAUCCCGAGUUACACGAUGUGGUACCGGACAAAUUUAAAAGUCACAAAGAAAUAUACGAGGAGGCUGUGCGAAAAUCGUGUCUGGUUUUGCAGAAAGUGAGACUUUUGCAAGAGUCCGGAAAAGGCGGUAUGAACGUAUAUACUCACAUCAUCGGAGCUAGACUCGGUACCGCGAUAUUCAAUGAUGGAUUCCCAUUCUUGGUGCAUUUCGCGAUGUUUCUUCCAGGAAUUAUGGGGCAGGGAAACACGAAACAACAAGCGUAUUGGAUGACCAAAUCUUGGAACGGAGACAUCAUCGGCACGUAUGCUCAGACCGAGCUUGGCCAUGGCACGUUCAUCAGGGGCUUAGAAACGACGGCGACUUACGAUCCCCAAACAAAGGAAUUUGUUUUAAACAGCCCUACUUUGACAUCUUAUAAAUGGUGGCCCGGCGGCUUGGGUCAUACCGCGAAUCAUGCGAUUGUACUCGCACAACUGUACACAGAAGGUGACUGUAAAGGGAUUCAUCCUUUCAUCGUUCAAUUAAGAGAUACAAAUACUCACGAACCAUUACCAGGUAUUAAGAUCGGAGAAAUUGGUACGAAACUGGGAAUGAACGCUGUGAACAACGGUUUCCUCGGGUUUGAAAAUGUUAGGAUACCGCGGGAGAGCAUGAUGAUGAAGAACUCUCAGGUUCUGGAAGAUGGAACGUACGUGAAGUCGAAAAACGACAAAUUAACAUACGGUACGAUGGUAUUCGUCCGAGUAAUGUUGCUCAACGAUAUUAUAACUUAUUUAGCCAAAGCGUGUACGAUUGCGACACGGUACAGCGCUGUAAGACGUCAAGGCCAGAUACAUUCCGAUAAACCCGAAGUGCAGAUUUUGGAUUAUGUGACGCAACAGUAUAAAAUUUUUCCACACAUCGCCGCGUACUUCGCGUUUAAAAUGGUAGCCAUUCAUAUGUGGGAUUUGUACAAUAGCGUGAAUUCCCAGUUGGAGCAAGGCGAUAUGGAUAAGCUGCCCGAGUUGCAUGCAUUGUCGUGUUGCUUAAAAGCAGUUGCGUCUGCAGACGGGGCAAACGGUGUUGAACAACUUCGGUUAGCCUGCGGUGGACACGGCUACAUGGACGCGAGCAAUCUCCCGGUCACGUACGGUUUAAUCACCGCCAUUUGCACUUACGAAGGGGAAAAUACAGUGAUGCUUUUGCAAACAGCUAGAUACCUAGUUAGAGGAUGGAAGCAGGCUGUCGCUGGCGAACCGCUUCCAUCUACCGUGCAAUAUCUCGAACCUAUAGCGAAAGGAAUCAGACCACGAAGUUGGAAGAACACGUUGGAUUGCUUCAUAAAUGCAUUUCAUACAGUUGCCGCGGGCUCUAUUCGUUUAGCAACGGAGAACAUGGAUCAGAGAAUACGUAACGGCGUUUCACCAGAAGACGCGUGGAACCAGACUAGCAUCCAGCUGACUCAAUGCGCGGAGGCUCAUUGCCGAGCUUUCAUUGUGAAGACGUUCAUCGAAUCCGUUAGACGGGUCUCUUCUAUGUCCGCGGAAUUACGCAAAGUAUUGUAUCAACUCUGCGAAUUGUACGCCGUGCAUUGGCUCCUGCAAAAGCGCGGUGACUUUUAUCAAUUCUAUAAUAUGACGAAGGAGGAUGUCUUGCUCCUUCAGUCUCGCUUAGAAGAAUUGUUAGUGGCAAUUCGUCCGAACGCUGUGGGGAUCGUCGAUAGUUUCGAUUACCGUGACGAUAUUUUGAACUCGGCUUUAGGCGUUUACGAUGGUAACGUUUACGAACGAUUGUACGCGGAAGCUCUUAAGAGCCCUUUGAACCAGGAGAGUGUGAACCAAUCUUUCGUCAAAUAUUUAAAACCGUACCUCAAGUGCAAUUUGUAGUGCAAUCGUUUCUUCUAGAAAAUUAUUAUUUUCUCCAUUAUUAUUUUUUUAACGUGGUCACCGAGCGUUUUCGAGCCUUCGAGAGUUCUUCCUAUGAAACUGUUUUUAAAUACGUGCAUUAAGAUUUAGAGAGAAAUCUGGAUCUUCCUGAUCGCUCGUGUCUCUUGUUGAUAUCUCAGUUCGCAUGAUACGGCAAAUGUAACAUAUCGCAUGUGCAAUGGUUAAGAAGUAUACGAAAGUUGAACAGUUGGUCGAUGAAAGAACGACGUAUUUUUUGAUAAUCUUUAUAUAGACUAUCGUUGUAAAUAUUUUAAGACAAUGGAUUAGGUAUCAUGUUAUAAUAGUUGAUCAAUGGUGUUCGAUAGAGGCUUUAUUUUUACGUCGAAAAUUUUGUAGGAAUGCAAUUCCAUGAGAUAUUUUAAGUAUGUUACGAAUCAAGAUAUUUUCUAUGUACUUUUAUCAGUGAAUAAAAUGAUCUAAACAAA